CAUUUAUUUUCUUAACAGUGUAGCAAUAUAUGUAGAGUUCACAGCUUCAUAAAAUAAAGCCGCACAAUGUCGAUGUUUUUACCUUCGGUAUCAAUGAUAGCCAUUUCCUCAUGAAUGUGAACAACAGAAAUAAAAGUCAAAUAUAGAUCUAUAUAAAAAAUAUAUUUCGUUUUUGAACGGACGUGUUUUUUAACUCGGGUAACAUACUGGUUUUUUACUGCAAAAAAGACCGAAUUUGGACAUUUUUUGGAUUUGUUGUGUGUGAUAAAGUGAUUAAUUAGAUAGACGUCGUGUAUUGCGGUUGAAAUAUGGUAAAGGGAAAAAAGAACAAUAACAACAAAAGAAAGAAACCCGAGUCUGGCGGUGGCGGAUCUAAUCACAAUAGUAUAUCACUGAGUGGGAUUUUGAACGAGACUAAUAGUGUACUAUUCAACAAUGUAAUCGGACAAUCAAUGGCUAGUCAGCAGCAGCAGUUUGCAUCCACACCAGUAAAGUCUUUACCAUCAUCUCAGGUCUAUGCAUCUACCACACCAGGGGUCAUGUGCUGGAAUUUACAUGCUUAUAUCAAACCGGGAGCGGAUCAAGCAUUUUAUUUUAAUUCUAAUAAGAGUCCUGCUAUCUUCAUAUUAAAACACCCGCAUUCGAUAUUAAUAUAAAUAUAUAUCAACCGUCAAUUUAAAAUUGACAUGAUUCGUAGAAAAUCAGCAUAGUAUUCUACCUGUGUCUAAAUACAUUUAAAAUGUGCUUGUUCCCCAUUUUAAAACAAAUAGGAAUUCUAUAUUAAGCUAGAAGGUGGCGAUGCCUUUCUCAACAUCAUACUUGAUAUUGUGAUAUAGUUAAUAUGAAGAUAGCAGGAAUCUUAUUAGAAUUAGAAUAAGAUGUUUGAUCCACUCCCGGUUUGAAAUAAGUAAGUAAAUUUCAUUUAGAGUCGACACGUAUAUAUUUAACAAAUAAACAUGGUUUCAAAUAGGUCCUAUAACCGACUGUAACAUAUUUACAAAUGAAUACACAUACAAUGACAUAACUUGUACAUGCAUGUCGUUAGAUACAGAUUGCAGGUAGCAGUACUUCGCAGCAGUAAUCUUGAAAUGACCUUGUGGACGACAGUAUAACAUUUCGGCAGGUCGUUUACACUGUUUACGGUUCCUCUCUUCGAUGUUCUAGAUCUCACAAAUAUGCGUUAUACGAAAUGAAGAAAUUCUGUGUCCCCAUAUAGAACUAUAUAACUCUAAGAGAAGUCAUUUAAGGACAACAACCACCCACCCACCCACCCCCACAUCAAUGCAUGGGUUGAUAUAUAUUUCUUUGCAUAUUUUGGCUGUAAGUAGUACAUAUAUCAAAUUCCUAAAGUUUAAUGAACUUGUAGAUUUCUUGUGAAGUUCAAAAGUUCAUGUGAUGUGUGUCAUUUCCCUACAUAACUACGGAAUUUUAACCGCUGUAUCACUAUAUUCCUUUCACUUUUAUGAAUAUAGAUUCAGUUUUCAUUUCCAUGAAGAAGAAAAAAAUGUUUGUAGCAAGUGUUGUUGAAAGGUGCCUCUGUUUGAGUGAGUUUAAAUUGAAACGCGGAAGUGAUUGACGCCAACUCCAACAUGUUCAGAUAAUGCGACACUGACUCAAACAAAUUAGGACGUCUUUCGUUUGAGAAACUUUGGGAAUUGUUUACGUGAACCGGAAAAGUAUAAAUAGAACAGACUGAGGUUGCCGUCACUAUUAUAACUGCCAAUGGGCCAAUAUAGGAUUAUAUUGUAAAAACAGUAACUUUGAUUCAAAAGGAAAUUCCCGUUUACCGUUUCUUUGAAUUAUCAAGACCACACUGCUUCCACGUGACUAUGGCGGUGACGGAGAAAGCUGUGUUGAAGCGCUAUAUGGCCCUCCCCCAGCCUGAUGACCGGGUGAUGUGUGAAUACAUCUGGAUAGACGGUACCGGCGAGGGGAUCAGGUCUAAGUGCAAAACCAUGGACUUUGAACCCAAACACCCAAAAGAGUGUCCGGUGUGGAACUAUGACGGGUCCAGCACGUAUCAGGCGGAAGGUUCAAACUCGGACAUGUACCUUCAUCCAGUAGCUUUGUUCAAUGACCCCUUCCGGCUUGGCAAAAACAAACUGGUGUUGUGUGAAGUGUACAAAUAUAACAACAAACCAGCUGAAACCAACAAACGGAAGGUGUGUAAUGAAGUAUGUGAGAAAACAGCUGAACAAAAGCCUUGGUUUGGUAUAGAACAAGAAUACACGCUCCUGGAUGUGGACAAAUAUCCGUACGGAUGGCCGAAAAACGGAUAUCCUGGACCCCAGGGACCAUAUUAUUGCGGUGUCGGUGCCAACAAAGUGUUUGGGAGGGACAUAGUUGAAGCUCACUACAGGGCAUGUCUGUAUGCAGGCAUCAAAAUCGCCGGCUGUAACGCCGAGGUCAUGCCUGGACAGUGGGAAUUCCAGGUGGGACCCUGUGAGGGUAUCGCUAUGGGGGAUGAGCUGUGGGUGGCCAGGUACAUUUUGCACAGAGUGGCGGAAGAUUUCGGGGUUCUCGUCACCUUGGACCCUAAACCUGUUCCAGGAGACUGGAACGGCGCAGGUGCACACACCAACUACAGCACUUUAAAAAUGAGAGAGGACGGGGGAAUCGAAUACAUUGAGGAAGCGAUAGACAAACUGUCCAAGUGUCACGAGAAGCACAUCAGAGCGUACGACCCUAAGGAAGGAGAGGACAACAGACGACGACUAACGGGACUUCACGAGACUUCAACGAUAAAUGACUUUUCUGCUGGGGUAGCCAAUAGGGGUGCCAGCAUCCGCAUUCCCCGCCAGGUGGCACAGGAAGGACAGGGGUACUUAGAGGAUCGCCGACCCUCAUCAAACUGUGAUCCUUAUGCUGUUGUUGAGGUGAUCCUAAGGACUACCUGUUAAGACGAAAUCUAAGUUUGUGUGUGUAUAAUUUUCUUGUUCGUGGGUAUAAUGCAAUUCGUGGAAUUAGAAUUCACAUAUCUUAAAUGGUGUUAUUACUUUAUAUGGGAUUUUGGCAAUAUCUUACCAAUAAUGAUAUGAACAAAUUGUAUGGUUUUAUAUUGAUGUAUAGCUUUCUGUUUAAUAUUGUUCAGUUGUUUACAAAUGUUUUACAAUAAUUCUAGUUAAGAAAUAAACUAAUGAUUAACCAUAUUAUGCUACAUAAAAUGGUUUUAGACAUAUUGUGCUUUACAAAUUACGAAGUGAUUUAUAUUUACAAAAAAAAGAGAGUUAAAAUCUGCUCCAAACCAUUUCAUAUCGCAUAAUAUGAGUAAGUAUUAGCCUAAUUCCUUAUAUUUUGAAUUUUGAAGAAAAAAAAUUCGAAAUUUAGUGUGAAGCGGAUCAAUAUCAUCAUAGCAACAUUUUGAAAAUUUGUAAUGCGUCUUUGUUUAGUUCAGUUUAUUGUUGAAUAAUUCAGAUAAGAGCCUAGCCAUGCUAUAACUAUGUUUAUUGUUGAAUAAUUCAGAUAAGAACGUAGCCAUGUUAUGUUUAUUGUUGAAUAAUUCAGAUAAGAGCCUAGCCAUGCUAUAACUAUGUUUAUUGUUGAAUAAUUCGGAUAAGAACCUAGCCAUGUUAUGUUUAUUGUUGAAUAAUUCAGAUAAGAGCCUAGCCAUGCUAUAACUAAUGUUAUUUUGAUAUGGAAUAUUCCUCUAGCAUUGAUGUAAUGGGGUAACGUUGAAUACGUGCGUAACUGCGUUAUUGCACACAUUCAUGUUAGCGUUAAUGUUUUUAAACUUGAUGAGAAAAAGAAUAAAUUAUUAACAUAAAA